GGACGUGGGGGACCUGCGGCCUGCCCCGGGGAAGCAGGGUCCCGUUGCUCCAAGCUGGGGAUGCCCCAGGGCCCCUCCACAGGCCUAGGCCCCUGUGAGAAGCCGCGGGGCCGGGCCCCCGCCUCGGUCGGUUCUCAACGGCUUGUGUCUGUUAUUCCUGCAGCAGCCUCGGCGGGUGACCAUGUCGGUAGAUCGGAGGAGGCCUCCAUGCCGAGCGUGGCAGUCAUCAGUAGUUGCCAGUGUCCACUGAUGCCUGGUAGCGCUCGGGCCCACGGUCCCCUAUGAAUCCAUCAGUGCCACGUUCUGCUCCGCCCCAGAAAAGUAACCCAAGCCUUGAGAACAGCACCAUUGAGAAACAGAGGCAAGAGCUGCAGCUUUUAAUUGCAGAACUGAAAGACCGUGAUAAGGAACUCGAUGACAUGGUUGCAGUGCAUCAGAGACAGCUUCUAGUCUGGGAAGAUGAUCGGCAGAAAAUACUGACUUUAGCAGAGCGGUGCAACUUACUAAGCAAUGAGCUGAACAAGAGAAAUGAGAUCAUCAAAUCACUGACCAGAAGGUUAAAGUUCUUAGAAUCUCAGCAGAGUGACAGUAAGACAACACUUGAAAGCACACAGCAGAAGUUCAGAGAGCUGUCACAGAAAGUGACAGAUGCAACUGCUCACUGUCAGGCUCUGGAGGAGAAAAAUCAAGGUCUUCACUGCUCAGUUUUGGAACUCUCUGCUAAAACAGGCCAGCUACAAGCGAGAGAACAGGAGCUACUUACUAUGCUUAAGCUGAAGGAUGAGGCUAUACUUGAAACAACUGAUCACAUCACUGACUUUACAUCUAAGUUCAAAAAGGUGGAGAGUGCAUUGCGUGCAGCGAGGAUGGAGCGAUUCAGUCUCAACAAAGACAAGCAAGACCUCAAACUGAGACUAAAAGAGCUAGUACUUGAAACAAAUAAGCUGAAAGUUGAGAAAGCAAAGAGACAGGAUCAACUUCUGCAGUUUGCAAAGUCAAAACAAGCGCGGACUGACACAGAGCUAUCAGGUUUGCGAAAGAUCUAUGUAAAACAGCAGCGUGACUUGCAGUUUCUUCAUGUCAAUUUGGAGAGCUCUCAGGAAUUAAGGCAAAAGCAUGAAAAGGCAGCACAUGAAAGGAGCGUAGGUAUGGCAUUCUCUGCCCCUGAAAGUAACAGCAAGACAGACACAGUUAGGACUGAGGGAACCCACGGGAUAUGCGAGGAGUGUGGAACUGCACAAGUUCCAAAAAGUGGGGUGAAACCCACCUCUGAGAUGUGUGAAGUAGAUAAUGGACUGCUACAGAAUGCAUCAGACAUGGAGGAAACUACCUCAGCAUACUUAAACCAGUGUCCAAAAGUUGUGAAAGUCUUGGCUGACCUUACGGAAGAAGAAAAGCAGGAUGUUGCAUCAAGCUCUGGUGAGCCAGGCAGCCAAGUAUUUUGUGAGGCAAACAACACGAGGCCAUUGAGAAACAGGGAAAUCUCUGAGAAUGAGGUGGAAAUCAGAGACCAGCAAACCUUUGAGUCAUCUUCACCUGAACAUGAGCAUUGGCUUAAUGUCAAUUCUUGUGUACAUUUGCAAAGUACUUUUGUCCAGAGCACCGUCACAUUUGCCCAAACUGCUAAUGAAAAUGAAACCUGGGAAGAGAGAACUGGAAUUCUGUUGGACCAAAAAAGCAGAGAGACUCCUGCUGCAGUGCAUAGGUCUGAAUCUGAUUCCUGUAGUAGUAAGUUCUUCAUCAAAAAAGAUGCUUGGUGGAAGCCAGUAUCGGAUCCGGAAUGGUUGAAGAUUUUCAAACCCAUAAAAGGAGAUGGAAAUGUAUGGCAUGGAAAAGAUUGCAGCUGUCUCAGGACUGCACAAGAGAUGAAAUGUGCCUGCUCGAAAAGUGGAGAAAACGUGGAUCUGAAUUCUUUUCACUUGGAUUCUCCCUGUUUGACAUCCACCCAGAAAGGAGACAGGCCUCAAAGAUGUGAGAAAUUCUGUGAUGAGGAAUUCACUCUGGAGAUCAAUAGCUUUUCAGUGACUGAGCCAACAAACAGAUGCUGCACCGCCACCGUGGACCGAGACACCAGUUCUCCCAUAAGUAAGCUGCAGCAUGCGCUGGCUGAGUCUCGACAGAUGGUUGCUGAUCUGGAGCUUAGCACUCUCCUCCAGGCGAGCCCUCGCUGCAGUCCAAACAGCAGCAACAUUAACACGACAACAGAAGUUGCAGAAGGUCUUCACAGAACCCAGUUAUCUGCUGCAGAAGAAAGAGGUGCUGACCUCCCAUUCUUUUCUCUAUGAUGUUCUGUAAGUAUGAAGGUAUUUUCAUCUUGAUCUUCUUAAUUGGAGUUUUCUGUUCCUCUUUAUAAAUGCACCUGCAAUAUUAAUAUAAGUUACGGACUUCUGAGAUGAGCCUGGCACAAGAUUCUCAGUGGACUGCUAAAUGCAUUUCAAAUAAAACUCCUGUGAGUUAACAGCGAACAGAUAGUAAGGCAACGAGUAAUCCCUUUAGUCAAAUCAACUUUUCUCAAUCACUUUCCUCAUCCUCUGGGCAGUCAGACCUUGCAGCAUAAUUCCUGAGUACCUACACACUGCUUAUUGUAGUUAAAAAUCCUUCUGUGUGUUACAGAUAACAGGAUCAAGGAUGUGAACAUUGUUGAAGGAGAGACUGGGAAGUGUUUUUCAGUGCCACGGCCAAGGGCUGUUUUAGCAUAUUGUUCCUGGGCUCAGAGCUCCAGAAGCAGAAUGUGUUGAAUAGAGCUGCAUACAAAAAGCAGCCUUGCCCAUAGCUGAUUGUUUUUUCUUCUUGAAUCAGGAAAUUUCUCACUCUCUGAUUAUUUGUUUUACUGAUUUGAAUUGGAUCCUUGCAGUAGGCACCGUGUUGUCUGGUUCUGAGGACAAAUGAGUAACCAGAUACGGGUAAAAUACUGAACACCACGUGAAAAUGAAUAAGAACUAGCAACAAUGGGGAGAAAAUGGACAAAACAGAAGUCUUCCAAUGCUGACACAACCGAAGCCAAGGGGAGUUACUGCACAACAAGCUGAGUAUGCAGCUCUGUGGCACUGAAUUUCUUACACUGAUCACCUUUAAUCCCAUGGAGAGCUGGUGCUCAGUUCUCUCUUGGUACACUCAAAGUGCAGUCCCUGAGCUGUCUCUCUCCUAUGGAGCCAAACCCUCUGUGUGCUGGCUUGUAGCACCCUCAUGUUCUGCUGUUGCUGCAUUAAGUCUGGAGACACUGAGUCUUCUUCCAAAAUGAGUUGGGUCUGCUUAGUGCACGCUAAUGGGGCUCUUGUGGGAAAUGGAUGCUGAGUAGCUGGAAUGCUGUACCUUACUCUGCACGAUGUUCCUAUGUGGAGAGCUCUUCCUUUCCUGAAAAGAGCCCUCAGGUAAAAGAAGAUGGAGGUUUUAUGGAUGCAGGCCAGCACUGUGACUUGCAUCCUGAAACUACUGCUGUUGGAAAGUUGCAGGAGCAAAUCCUCCAAACUGCUGAGGCAGCAGAGGGGGAGCAGACGCUGAGCCUACAGAAAUGAGUUCAUUUGCCUCAAGUGAGAGAGGUUUGGUGCAACAAACGGACCCACAAUUUGCUGUGGAGCCACGACAAGAAGUAGUGACUCUGCAGGUCACUGGCUGCUGCAUAAUUCUGGUUUCCUCCUUUUGUUAAAAGGCACUGGAUCACUGUGAUCGGUUUGGUCCAAAGCAGCUUUUAGAGUUGAUAGCAGGUCCAGAAAUAACUAAAUAUUUGGCCAUUUCACAUAGGGAAAUGAUUGAAUUGAUGUGCACUGGGUUUGGGGGUGGUUUUUAAUUGCUUUGCAAUCAUCUGAGUGCAGGUGCACUGACACUGGGUUCAUUUCCUGACUCGCUGGCGGUGAUUUGGCCGUUUCCAUCUUUCCUUUAGGGAGAGAGUGUUUUGGGGAGAGUUGAACAACAAAGCAGUGAGUGAAAGGGGGCAUUCAGUUUUGGACAAGGUCGUGAGUGCCACUGCUCAGGGGUGGUGACGCAGUGGUUGACUGAGGGCACAAAGAUUGAUCCCUCUGCAAAACAAAUGGGAAAGGUUUCUAUUUCCCAACACUGCAGCAGUGUCCCAAGACCGCUGUCAUGAAAUGCUUUGGUUACCUUUCUUCCUCUUUAAAUGUGUACACUGGUUUUAGGUUGCUUACAGCAUGAAAUUCUCUAGAGUAAAUUGACAGACACGUGAACACUUCUUCUAUUUUAAAGGAAAUGUUCCUGCAACUUAACAAAAACCUUCCAUUUUCUGCAGCAGGUGAAGACCUUUCCAACACGGAAUUAACCUGGAGACCUGAAGAUCACCAACCCAUCAGCUAUGAUGGAAAGUUACCUCAUUAUUUUUCCAUGCUUCUUUGGAGUGAAAGCCUCACAAAGAGAUGUGGGGAUAUGUUUUAUCUUGAAAUAAAACACAGACUAACGCCAAGCUCAACAGAACUAUUUUUAUAGCUGGGAGCUCAGGUUAAACACUGGCUUGGGUUUGAAGACUCUCAAGUGCGUAAUUGUUACAACACAGGAACUAUUUUUCUUACUCUUUUUUUUAUGGUGGCUCAGAAAUAUUUAUAGCGUAUGACACAGCCAAAUGUUCCUUUUUUUUAUAGCUGAUUGUUUUAGCUCUGGACUUGUGGCCAUGUAGAGGGAGAUGAAUAAUGUUUAUAGGAAGUUCCCAAUUAUGCUGUAGCCAGGAACUGCUCCUGCGUGGUUGGAACAGGACAGUUGUCACCCAUGAGACGGGCACAGCACCGCUUCCACCGGGCACUGCUUGUUCUGCCAGAAGCUUGUGACAAGAUGAGGUGUGUCCAGUGUGGUGGGACUGGGGUUUUAGCUUUAAACUGGUUUUUAAUCCUUGGCUAUUGGGCAAGAUGUAUUCCCUUACCACAAUAUGAACUUGUUUUUUAACUAAAAGAUCAAAUAAGCCAAUAGAGGUGAACCUUUGCUGUAUCUUUCUUGCCUGUUUAGCAUGCUGACACA